UGCCACGCCGGGAAAAAACAAAAGUUAGCCCAGUCGUCAUGUCGUCUCUAUCUCCACCGCCGAUUCCUAUGGAGCUUCACGCCGGUAACCGGCAAAAGCUCGUUGAUUCAAUACGCCGUGACUUAUCUAGUUCCAAUCGUUCUCUCGAUGGAUUCGUUUUACUUCAGGGUGGUGAAGAAAAAAAUCGAUACUGCACUGAUCACGCUGAGCUUUUCAGGCAGGAGAGUUAUUUUGCUUACUUGUUUGGAGUCAGAGAGCCUGAUUUCUAUGGAGCUAUUGACAUUGGAAGUGGGAAAUCUAUCCUUUUUAUUCCAAGGUUGCCUGCUGAUUAUGCUGUCUGGUUAGGUGAGAUUAAGCCAUUGUUACACUUUAAGGAAACAUAUAUGGUUGACAUGGUUUUUUAUGUGGAUGAGAUUGUUCAAGUUUUUAAUGAACAAUUCAAGGGAUCUGGAAAACCUCUGUUGUAUCUCUUGCAUGGUCUUAACACUGACAGCAGUAACUUCUCAAAACCUGCCAGCUUUGAGGGGAUAGAGAAGUUUGAGACUGAUUUGACUACCUUACAUCCUAUUUUGGCGGAGUGUCGAGUUAUUAAAUCAAGCUUGGAGCUUCAACUAAUACAGUUUGCAAAUGAUAUAAGUUCUGAAGCUCNAGAGUCAAGUCGCACAUAA